GGCGCUUCGGUUUAUUUUCUUUUUUUCUCUUCCAAUGUUUACAAUUAAUUUCUCUUAAUUGUGGACAAUAAUUAGGUUUAAUUUAUGUCGGGUUUCUUUAAACAGGAUAUGCCUCCACCCGGAGGGUAUCCUCCGAUUCAUAUUGAACGAAUGAGAUCGAAACGGGUCAUCUCAAAUUUUAGUAUAUUUUGUUUUGGGGUAGCUGUUUCAUUGUGGAAUAUUCGAACUUCUCGGAAUAAACGCUUUCAACGUGAUCUACGGAACAUUGAAAUAACCAAUUCUCUUGUUGCUCUUGAACCUUUUAUUGAAGCAGAAAGAGAUCGAUUGUAUCUUAAGAAUUUACAUUACUUGAGAGAUGAAGAAGCUGAAACAAUGUCAAGAUUCCCUGAUUGGGUGCCUGGUACAUUUUUCGGACAACAAAGAUUCAAGACUUUACCACCUGGAGCUAAUCCACCAGCUGAGAUCUAUGAAUUUUGGAUGUUCCGACCUGCAAGGAAUCGUUUGGAUUACAUAUUUCCAGAUAGAAAUAUCGUCUAAUCUUGUUGAAUAUUCUUUGAAUGGAUUAAUUUUUCUCCUUCAUUUUGGAAAAUUUAUCCUCUUAAUACUACCCAGUCUUCAGAAAAUCUAAUAAUAAUGAUCAUGUGAUACAAGAUCAUUUUGAUAGAUGGUCUUACAUCAAGAUCCAGAUUGUUUAUAAAAAAAUAGAUUUUAUCACUAAUGUAAACUAAAUACAUGGUCGAUAUAAAUUGAAUCAGUUAAAUUAAUAAUUGAUUUAUUUGAUUCACUAUGUUCUAAAAAAGUUUGUAGCUCUAUUAAUUACAGUGAUACCCGUGAACAAAUACAAAUCUUCAAGUUGUACAAUUUAAAAUCAUCUUUGGCAAUACAAAUCAUAUUAAUCCAAA